AUGUCGGACGGCAGCAUCUUGAAGGCGGACAAGGACUUCACCAAGGAAGUCGAUGCUGCCAUUCCGGAAGCUGAGAAGAUCGCAAAGAAUGGUCAGACUCAGCAGGCGAUCGAUAAGCUGCUCAGCUUAGAGAAGCAAACGCGGCAGUCCUCAGACCUUCCAUCCACAUCGCGCCUACUUGUCGCCAUCUGCACCAUAUCCAAGGAAUCGGGAGACUGGAGUCUAUUGAAUGAGCAGGUUCAGCUACUCAGCAAGAAGCAUGGACAACUCAAACAGGCCAUCACCAAGAUGGUGCAGGUCGUCAUGGAAUUCUUAGAUGACACGCCGAGCACUGAAGUCAAGAUGGGCGUCAUUGAGACCUUGCGGACGGUGACGGAAGGCAAGAUCUUCGUUGAGGUGGAGCGAGCUCGCGUGACACGAAUACUUUCCAACAUUCAGCGAUCCCAGGGCAAGGUGACUGCCGCCAAGGAUACACUUUGCGAACUGCAGGUGGAGACCUUUGGUUCCAUGACGCGGAGAGAGAAGACCGAGUUCAUUCUUGAACAGGUGGCGCUGUGCAUUGAGGAUGGCGACUGGACGCAAGGUGGAAUAUUGUCGAGAAAGAUCAGCACUCGCUAUUUCGCCAGGAAGCCCAAGAAGAGCGCCGAGCAGAUCGAGAAGGAGCGGAAAGAAAAGGAAGAGCGGGAGCGCAUGCGAUCGGAUGGAACGAUAGGCGAGGCAGAAGAGCCAGAGGAUGACGACGUGACAGAUCUCAAGCUUCGAUAUUACGAACAGCAGAUCACACUCGCCAAGCACGAGGACAAGUACCUCGAAGUCUGUAAGCACUAUCGACAGGUCUUGGACACUGAAGCUGUCGAAGACGAUCCGGACAAGCUUCGCGCAGCACUUCAACGUGUUGUCUACUUCAUCCUUCUUGCGCCAUACGACAACGAGCAGUCCGAUCUUCUGCACCGUAUCGCACAGGACAACCGACUAUCGACAUCAUGUCCUAGAGAAGCUGAGCUGCUGAAGCGCUUCACCGUGCCCGAACUCAUGCGCUGGCCUGCAAUCCAGUCCAACUUCGGAGAGCACUUGUGCAGUACCGAUAUCUUCUCGAACAAGGAGAGCCCGAAGGAUCCGAAAGCACACCAGCGCUGGUUGGACUUCCGCAAGCGUGUCAUCGAGCAUAAUGUGCGCGUGAUCGCGAAGUACUAUACUCGCAUCCACUUCUCGCGACUUACUUCACUUCUCGACCUCCCGGCCCAGGAAACCGAGAAGUACAUCUCAGACCUGGUCACCAGCAAGACUAUCUAUGCGCGAAUCGACCGGCCAGCACAGAUUGUCAGCUUCGAGAAGAAGCGAGAUGCGGACGAGGUGCUGAACGAGUGGAGCGGCAACAUGAAGUCGCUCCUUGGUCUUUUGGAGCGCAUUGACCACCUAAUCACGAAGGAAGAAAUGAUGGCAAGAAUCCAGCCUAAAGAGGUCAAGGGCAAGGCUUAG